UAAAAAUGCACAUCCAAACAAUCUUUGAAAAAUGAAGGAGAAUCUAGUAUUUCCAUAGAGAACGAUAGAAGAGCCAUGUCGGCCAAACAAUACAGACUAAACGCCAUCAAAGAGGCGUUUUCAGGGGGGAAAGCUUCCCAGCUAUCUUUAGAGGAGUUAGAAUGCGAGCGAAGAGGAUACAAACUUUCGAAAACUAUUCUAGGCUCAGGCGCGUAUGCAAAAGUCAAACUUGCUUACGUUUCGGAGCCAAAACGUGAAAAAGAUAAAAGGUUGGCAGAUGACCUGGAUUCAAAGGGACACAAUAUGGUCGCAAUAAAAGUUGUAUCCAAGAAGCAAGCGCCUACUGAAUACUUACAGAAAUUCAUGCCUCGGGAAAUUGACGCACUCAACGCAACAUGUCGGCACCAUAACGUGAUACAGCUUUAUGAGACUUUCCAUACUUGCCACAAGAUUUUCUUGGUCAUGGAGUACGCUGCAAAGGGGGAUCUUUUGGAUUAUAUCAAUUCUCGUUGUCGGCGCUGCGUUGGUAUUGGCGAAGACCUAGCAAAGAACUUCUUCCGACAGCUCACCGAGGGCAUCAUGCAUUGUCACAAGCGUAACGUGGUCCACAGAGAUCUCAAGUGCGAGAACGUAUUGCUUGAUGAUAACAAUGUGAUCAAAAUUUCAGACUUUGGCUUUGCCACGAGGUAUCCCUCCAACAAGCUACUCGAAACGUUCUGCGGCUCCUAUGCUUACGCUGCUCCGGAGAUUCUGCAAGCUCAAAAAUAUGAUGGAAAAAGUGCGGACAUAUGGAGUUUGGGCAUCAUUCUAUAUGCGAUGAUGUGCGGUCGGUUACCGUUCAACGAUAACUGCAGUCUUCACGCUUUAGUUGUACAGACGAAAUCCAGACUGACCUUCCCAGCGCGAGGAACUUGCUCGGCCAGUUGUCAAGGCUUGAUUCGCAGCAUCUUGAAAUGCGAUCCACGGGAGAGAUUCACGAUGCCUCGCAUUGUUACACACCCAUGGCUCACGGAUACAGACAAACAGUAUGUUUACCACCCGCAACUGAUUAAGAUUAAACCUGUCCAUAUUGUCACGCCACACGUGGUGCCGUUGCGUGAUUCAAGUAAAGCACCAGAGACUCAGGUAUCAGAGUCUAUGCAAAUGACUCAAGGCGAGGCGGAAGCUGAGCCACAGAGAGUGGCAGAAAUCAAAGAGCCCAAGACUCCAGACUUUGAAGAGAAUGUUCGAAUAAGAACACCUGGAGAUCCUAAACAAGGCUGGCCUCUGAGUAGCCCUGAGCCGCAAACAAUCGCCAAACUCCUCCACAAACGCGACCUAAAAACCCCAAUCAGAAUGACCACACCCGCCCUAGAGUCCAUCCAGGGGGACGGACGCGAGAAAACGCCUUCGUCCUCCCGCUCCACCCCCUGCCCUCGCAGCUUCACUCCAACCGCACAGACUGGCAAGGUCGCAAAUCGUAAGGAGCUGGCCGUCAAAGUGGCCCAGAUUGUUGCUGGAUCUGGGAGCGCCAACAGACCAAAGGACCUGAGCAGGGAGACUUACAUCAUCAUGUCCCGGGCCCUGCAGGAAUCUCAACAGUGUCGCCAAGCUCGUAGUGAGAUGAGAGAUACGAGACAACACGUGUGGAGAUACGUCACCAAAUUGUCGAGCAGUGGACGCCGGAGCAAAACCCCCAAGUGCGUUUCUGCAGAACAAAAAUCCAAAGAGUCUGAUUUACCGCCUGUCUCACCCAAAACACAGCUCAGAGUUAACACAGUCGUGCCUACUCCUCCAACAAACGCCUCCAGACUUGGCCGCUCCGGUAUCUCUCCUUGGAGACGAGUCACCCCACCAUCACGAGGUAAAAGCGUCCAAUCAUCCCCAGUCACCCCUCCCUCGCAAGAAAAGAACCGAUCAAAAACCAGGAAGAAUACCCUUGGGCUAAACCCAUGCACACGUAAACCGCUGACCAAUAACAGAAUACGUGGCCGAGUGAACAGCGAGCGAGCAGCCACGCCCAAUAAACCAGUCUACAAACACGUGACCUUCAUCAGCAAUGGCCUCAGGCGGUCUCAAAGAGUGUGCGACUCUCUGUCUUAGCUUUAUAUUUGAUCUAGAGUAGGAAACGUUUGUUUAAAGUAGUUAAAUAUAGUUAGCAUGAAAUUUGCGCGCUAGUUCUUAAUCUUUUUCCAAAUUCAUGCUCUAUGAAUCCAAAUAUCUUCAAAAUUACAUGUUUUUCUUCCAUAAAGUUGCACAACGUGAAUGCGCGAAGGAGUAAAAGACUGCGCAAGAGUAGUCACUAUUCCGCUGGGUGAUCAGGUAUAAAAAGACGUCUUGUUGGACGAUUUCAUAAACAUGCCAAUCAACAUAAAGAAACUACCAAUCACAUGAACUCUACCGCGCACGCGCCGUUGCCUUGUAGCAAAAUGUACAUAUCUAAGCUCUUUGUAUAUAAUUAAUAAAUCCUGUUCAAAAGAGGA